AUGCAAGGAGACUAUAUUCCCAUACUACAUUGUAAUUUUCCAACCGGUAUUUCAACCUGCUGUUUUUACUCAAACAUUCAAAUUGGACUUCACUGCUUACAGCGAUUGUUGUUGGUCAUUAUAAACAAGUAUGUGGCAGUCCAUCCAUGUUUGGUGGUCUUGCGUAUUAGGGCCAUCAGUAUAUCGGGUCCCAGAUGUAACGGCAGAUCAGAAAUGACCUCCUCCUCAGCUCUCAAAAUGUUCCAUAUAGCAAUGGGUGUGAUCAAGUGGACAGUGCUUUUCUGGAGUCCCUGGGCGUUUAGAAAAUUGAAAUCCUAUGACAGUCUUUUUCAGCUCUCUAGAUUCCUCGCCGUCACAUUUGCAUUAUAUUUUUCAGCUCUUCUCUUUAGAGGAACUGGAAGAUUUUGCAAUCGUACAUAUCAGGAGUUCAUGACUCUGUUUUUAGAAAGCAAGAAAAACACUACUGAGGCCACUUUGAACAAAUUAUCUCUCUAUGCUUUCAGCUCUCCUUGGCCUGUCCAAUUUGACGUUCGUCAAUUACCUGACGGUUACAUAAAACCCAAAAAGAUGAGUCUUAGACGUACUUCGGAUAUGCCUGCUGUAUUUUCACCCUUGAUAUGGGUUAUCGCACAUACUAUUGGUGUUCGUAUGGCUUAUAUUGGAUGUACAGGGAUUUUAAACUCGCUUACCUUGAAUGCCAGAUUGGAUGCACGGGACAGAUUGAGGAGACUGUACGAUAUUCGUAGAGUUGGGUUUUCAACAAGAGAUGGUGAAUUUGUGGAAGCGUUUUAUGCUGAUCGUCGAGGAUCGGUACCGGUUUCAUCAGAAUCUACUUCAGUUGGACAUGGGGAUUCUAAGGGAGAAAUUCUAAUACUCUGCUGUGAAGGUAAUGGUGGAUAUCCUGAGAUUGGAACACCCGUGGUCCCACUUGAACAGGGGUAUUCAGUUUUGGGAUGGAAUCAUCCUGGUUUUGGAGAAAGCACGGGUUUACCAUUUCCGGAGAAGGAGCAAAAUGCUGUAGAAGCAUGCUUUCUAUUCGCUGUACAUCGACUAAAUUUCAAACCUGCUCAAAUUUACUUAUUUGGUUGGUCUAUUGGUGGUUAUACAGCUUCUUGGACAGCAAUGAACUUUCCUAAUGUGGCUGGUUUGAUUAUGGAUGCUACUUUUGAUAAUAUAGACGAGUUAUCCAAAAAGUCUGCACCAGCAGUAUUUGAACCAGUUUUAGAAGCUGUGGUUAAAGAUUAUUUGGAUCUGAAUAACUUAUCACAUGUAACCAAUUACGAUGGUCCAAUACUUAUUAUUCGACGCAGUGAUGAUGAAAUUAUUAGUACAGGAGAAAAUCCUUCAAGAGCAACCAAUCGAGGCAAUUUUUUACUCAUGGGAUUAAUGAAACACCGAUUUCCAUAUUUAAUGACUCCAGAAAAUGAAUCUAUCCUUGGGUUAUAUUUGUCAUUAAGUGCGCAAGAACAACGUAAUUUACUCAAUGAACUUAACUGCAUCCCUGGAGAGUAUGAUAAACUAGUUAUGAAGUAUUUAAAGGACGAAGCACUUGAUAAACAAAGUAGAUCAGAUUCACGAUCAACUCCUCCGGCAUCUGAUCCUACACAUGGUUUAUUCCCAUCUAAACUUGGUAAACAGAUUAGUGAAUCUGAUGUGAAGAGGAAUAUGCUGUUAUAUAUUGUCUCCCAGUAUUAUGUUGAAUCGCCUGGCACACAUUGUACUCCUUUGGCGGCUGAGUUUCUGCGUCCACCAUGGUCACCACUAGCCAAUGAGUGCUUGUCGCAAUCCUCGGUAAGCGAUGUUGACAAUGCACUCAACGAUUAG